UCUGAGUGGAGCCAGCUUUAUGUCUGGCUGCCCUGCUAAGCGCUGCUUACGGUGCUCUACUUGCAAAGCUGUCAAUGGCUUCAUGUCGAUGGGAUCCUGCUUUUUUAGAUCGAGUAGAACUUACUGGAUACUUCGCCUGAAAACCGGUCGCUGUUUGGAGCUUAACAUUGUGGAUGUUUAGGAUACCAUAUGAUUUACAGCCAUGGGAAACACCUGUGGUUGUGUUCGGGGUCCGAAAGAGGAAUAUUAUUUGGACCCCAAAAAGGCUCCUUUGAGAGCUGAAUCCAAAGAUCUUAAAGGUCGCCGCUAUUUUCAGAGGAAAAAAAGGAAAUCGGAAGACUUAAAGCCUGCUGGAUCUCUCAGAAGUCCUGAAAGUGAGACUUUCGUUACAACCAAGGCAAUCUGCAGUGGUGGAGAGCGUAAAAAUGACCCAGAUGGCAACACAGGAGAAAACCAAACCGAGCUGGAUGAGCCAUCAGGAGUGGACAAACCUCUAUCUAGGCAAGACAGCAUCAGCAAAGGUGUUUAUGUUGGAGAAAUACCAGUUCUGAUCCUUCGGGAUGGUCAGACUCAACCUCUUGCCACAAGGUUAACGUGCAGGUUGGAAAAGUUUUCUACAAACCAGGCAGAUGGUGACAGAAGGAGGUCCUCUGUGGAAGAGAAGCUCCAUGGUGUCAGCACUACUUCCAAAGGUGUCCCGGCUAAGGAGGGUUUGCUUGUAAAGAAGCUUCUACAACGCCAGUUAAGGAGGGCGGUUAGCUUUGGAGCAGUGGAGCACACGCUACGGACACUGAGGGGUAAUGACAGACCUGGAAGUGAGGAAACCUUUGCCAAGAUUAUAUGGGGCUCUCAAGCACACCGAAGGAGGAGACGGAGGGCCUACACCUGCUCUGGUUACGUAGAACAUGCUCCAACUCUGGCCAAAUGUAUUUCCAGCCAACACGAGAUCUCGGAGAUCCAUGUGACGGGAGAAUCCGAGGACAUGACAGCCAAGGAGAGACUGCUGCUCUGGUCCAAGCAGAUGACAGAGGGCUACGUAGGUGUGCGAUGUGAAAAUUUCACAACCUCCUGGAGGGAUGGGAGGCUAUUUAAUGCCCUUAUUCACAAAUACAGACCGGACCUUGUGGACAUGAGCCGUGUGUCAACACAGACCAACCGAUCAAAUUUAGAAGACGCGUUUUGUGUAGCUGAACAGCUGGGGGUGGCCAGACUACUGGAUCCUGAGGAUGUUGACGUCCAGUCACCUGAUGAAAAAUCUGUCAUCACCUACGUCUCAACACUGUACGAUGCCUUCCCCAAAGUACCCGAUGGAGUUGAAGGAGUUAGUCCUAAUGACGUUGAUAUCAAAUGGGUCGAGUACCAGAACAUGAUCAAAUACCUCAGCCAGUGGAUCAAACACAAUGUGGCCAUAAUGUCAAGUAGAUCAUUCCCCAAUAACCCUGUAGAACUCAAGGCACUUUAUACACAAUAUCUUCAAUUCAAAGAACAUGAAAUCCCACAAAAAGAAAAUGAGAAAACAAAAAUCAAAAAUCUCUACAAAAUGCUCGAGAUGUGGAUCGAGUUUGGACGUCUUCAGUUACCCCCGGGUCAUCAUCCGAAUGAUGUGGAGAAGGAAUGGGGUAAACUAAUUGUCGCCAUGCUGGAAAGAGAGAAGAGCCUGAGGCCAGAGGUGGAAAGGCUUGAAAUGUUGCAGCAGAUUGCCAACAGGGUUCAGCGGGACUGUGUUAACGGCGAGGACAAGCUUGCACUGGCGAGAACGGCCCUGCAGUCUGAUGCAAAACGUCUUGAGUCUGGUAUUCAGUUCCUAAAUGAAGCUGAGAUUGCUGGCUACCUGUUGGAGUGUGAGAAUAUUCUCAGACAACAAGUAGUGGAUAUCCAGAUUCUCCUGGAUGGAAAAUUCCCAUUUGCAGAUCAGCUUGUCCAAAGGGUGUCAAAACUCCGCGAUGAUCUUCUAGCCCUGAGAGCUGAAUGCUCCUCUGUGUACAGCAAAGGCCGCACCCUGACUACAGAGCAAACCAAAAUGAUGAUCUCAGGCAUCACACAGAGUCUGAACUCUGGCUUCUCACAGAGCAUUAACACUAACCUGACACCAGCCCUUACUCCUGCACUCACCCCAGGGGGAGUAGGUACCCCUGGGUCCACCUUCACCUCGAGCCUUACGCCGUGCCUCACCCCAUCCUUGACUCCUGCCUUGACCCCGAGUCUGCAGCCUGCAUCAAUCCAGAGCUACAUGGGGAGCGGUGGUGGCAUGGACCCAAGUAGCCUCAGGCAUUUGAAAAACAUGCAGAUCCGGAAGCCCUUGCUGAAAUCCUCACUGGCAGACCCCAGCUUGACAGAAGAAGAGGUCAACAUGAAGUUUGUUCAGGACCUUCUAAACUGGGUAGAAGAGAUGCAGAUGGAGCUGGAGCGUUCAGAUUGGGGAUCUGAUAUGCCAAGUGUGAAAAUGAAUUUAGAUAACCACAAAAAUGUACACAGAGUGAUCGAAGAAUUCCAAAUGAGUCUUAAAGAAGCCAAACUAAGUGAAAUUCAGAUGACGAUGCCUUUAAAGCUCAGCUAUUCAGACAAACUGAACAAACUGGAAAAGCAGUAUGAACGACUCUUGAGCUCAUCCAGGGAGCGGCAAAGCCACCUGGAGAGCCUGCAUGACUUUGUGUCACAGGCAACUCAAGAGCUCAUCUGGCUGAACGAGAAGGAGGAAGAGGAGGUUGCCUUUGACUGGAGCGAUCGCAACAUUAACAUCUCCAAAAAAAGGGAUUACCACACUGACCUGAUGAGGGAGCUGGAUGAAAAGGAGGAAGCCAUCAAGUCUGUGCAGGACAAGGCAGAGCGCCUUAUGCUCAAGAACCACCCAGCCAGGCUAACUAUUGAAGCAUACAAAGCUGCAAUGCAGACCCAGUGGAGCUGGAUUUUACAGCUCUGCUCAUGUGUCGAACAACAUCUCAAGGAGAACGCUAUUUAUUUUGAGUUUUUCAGUGAUGCCAAAGAGUCCAUGGAUUACCUAAAAAAUUUGCAGGAUUCAAUUCAAAGAAAGUACAGCUGUGAUCGAACAAGUACCCUACACAGACUGGAGGAUCUCAUUCAGGAGUCCAUGGAUGAGAAAGAGCAGCUCCUUCAGUACCGCAGCACUGUGGCUGGGCUGGUGGGCAGGGCUAAAAAUAUUGUGCAGCUCAAGCCCAGAAACCCUGAAAAUCCACUGAGAUCCUCCAUCCCUGUUAAAGCGAUCUGUGAUUAUCGUCAGAUAGAGAUUACCAUUUAUAAAGAGGACGAGUGCGUACUGGCCAAUAACUCUCACCGGGCUAAGUGGAAAGUCAUCAACCCAGCAGGGAAUGAGGCGAUGGUUCCCUCUGUUUGCUUCACUGUUCCUCCACCCAACAAAGAGGCCGUUGAUAUGGCUUCAAGAACUGAGCAGCUAUAUCAGAAUGUCCUGGCACUGUGGCACCACUCCCACGUCAACAUGAAGAGUGUGGUGUCUUGGCACUAUCUAACGGCUGACAUUCAAGCCAUCCGCAACUGGAAUGUGGCUUCAAUAAAGACCAUGUUGCCAGGUGAGCAUCAGCAGGUCUUGAGCAACCAGCAGUCCCACUUUGAUGAGUUCCUGGAAGACAGCAAGGAGUCAGAGGUAUUCACUGUGGCGGACUGCGCACAGCUCGAGAGAGACGUGGCGGCGUGUAAGGAGUACUACCAGGAACUGCUCAGAUCCGCAGAGAGAGAGGAACACGAGGAGUCGGUGUACAACCACUACAUCUCGGAAAUACGCAACUUCCGUAUGCAUCUGGAGGCCCAUGAAGAACACCUGAUCAGGCAAAUACGCUCACCCCUGGAAAGAGAUGACCUGGAGCAGAGUCUGCAGCGUAUCACAGAGCAUGAGAGGAAGACGGCAGAGCUGAAUAAGCUGAAGGAGGAUCUGGAUGCCAUGAAGGACAAGUGUGAGCUGUUCCUCAGACAGGCCGCGGGUUCUCCGUCUGUGGCAACGCUCUCAUCUGAGCUCACAGUCCUCAUUCAGAGCAUGAGCCAAGUGUACUCCAUGUCUUCCAUUUAUAUGGACAAAUUAAAAACUGUGAGUUUAGUGGUGAAGCACAGUCAGAGUGCAGAGGCGCUUGUUAAGGCCUAUGAAUCCAAACUCUACGAAGAAGAUGCCAUGAACCCUGAUGUCAAAUCCAUUGAAAAUGUCAUUUCCACACUAAAGCACUGGCGGACAGAGAUUGAUGAGAGACAGGAGGUAUUCCAUGACAUGGAGGAUGAGCUGCAGAAGGCGCGCCUCAUCAGUGACCGCAUGUUUAAAGCGCACAACGAGCGCGACUUUGACCUCGACUGGCACAAAGAAAAGGCGGAUCAGUUGAGCGAGAGGUGGCAGAACAUCCACUCCCAGAUCGAUAGCAGGCUCCGAGACCUGGAUGGUAUCAGCAAAUCUUUGAAGCACUACAGAGACUCCUAUAGCAGCCUUGAUGAAUGGGUUAGAGACAUGGAGGCAGCACAGCUGAAGGCCCAAGAACACAAACCUGAGGAUAGCAAGGCACUGGCUGAGCUGUUAAACAAACAAAAAAUCCUUGUUGCUGAAAUUGAGCAGAAACAGAGCAGUAUCGACGAGUGUCAAAAGUACUCCGAGCAGUACUCAUCUGCUGUUAAGGAUUAUGAACUUCAGCUGAUGACGUUCAGAGCGAUGGUCGACUCCCAGCACAAAUCUCCUCUCAAGAAACGGAGGAUGCAGAGUUGUUCUGAUGCCAUUCAGCAGGAGUUUAUGGAUCUCCGAACGCGCUACACUGCUCUGGUGACUCUGAUGACUCAGUAUGUGAAGUUUGCCAGCGAAACACUGAAGAGAACUGAGGACGAAGAGAGAUCUGUUGAUGAGGAGAAGAGAGAGCAUGGUGAUAAGGUUAACAAACUAUUGCAGUGGAUGUCCAAUGUGAAACAGACCGUGAGCAAUGGUGGGGAUGCUCUGAAAGAUAGUAAUGCCAACACAGAUGCUUCUAAUAAGCCGCAGGUGUCAGUGGAGGAAAUGGUCACUAAAAAGGAACAAAUUGCAGAAGCACUGAGGUCCACACAAACGAUGCUAAACAAACACAGUGACAAAAUGACAGAAGAGGAAAGAAAGAAGGCCCAAGAGCAGCUACAGUCUCUCACUCAGGCCUACAAUGAACUCUCUCAGCAGUGUUCAGAUCAGACUCCCUCUGCAGAUGAGGAUUUCAAACCCCUUGAUAGGAUUGGGACUGGAAUGAGUGGCCUGAUUGAACAGAGAGGCUUGGUUAAUCUCCAAGGGGCCCUCCUAACCUCCAACCUCUCUGAACCCCAGCUCCAUCUGGGGUGUGACGAUGCUAUCGAAGAAAAUCGCAUCUACACAUCAACGCUGAAUCACUUGCCAGUAUUGAAUGAUUCAAGCAAAUGCAUACAGAGUUCACAUGUCUCCUCUGUGUCCCUGUCAGACAUAGCAGCAGCUAGAGAAGGGUCCAUGUGUGAAGAUAUGAUCAUAAAGAUAAUAGAGGCCAGCCAGGUCAGUGAUGAAGUGAAGAUGUGCUACACAGGGGACACGAUGACCCUGGAGAAGGCAUUUCAGUGUGGUUUAAUUCCUGCUUCUGUCUAUGUAAACAUCCUUCAGAGGAAAAAGUCUCACCAGGAUAUGAUAACUCCUAGCACUGCAGAAAGUCUGUCGUUUUUAGAGCCUGAAGAGGAGGGUGAAGCUUGUGAGGUUAAUAAACUGAUAUUCAAGGGCCUCAGCAGAAAGAGAUCAGAGACAUCAGAGAGGAAUAUUAGCAGUGUGACUUCGGGUGGUUUUAGUAAUCAGGAGAUUAUGGUGAGGUUGUUAGGUGCUCAGGGGGAUCUAGAAGGUCAGAAUGAAACUGAGGUGUCAGAUGGUAACUUCCAGAAUGCUGGAGGUGGGCUGAAGGUGGAUGCGGCCAUUCAGUGUGACUUGAUGAGCUCCAGCAGCACACUCAUCGUGCUGGGAAAUCAGCAACAGUUCAUGGGACUUGCGUUGCCUCACUCUGGGGAAAUCCAAACGGUGUCUACCUCGCAUGAAUCUGAUUGUCAAAGCACCUCCAGUGAGUUUACCUGCAGACUUUUUACUAAUCGGGGGAAAAUAGCAGCAUUUUACAUUCCGGAAAAUUCAGAGGUGAUCGAUAUCACUACCGCUAUUCAAAAUGGUUGGCUCGACAGUCACACAGCAGAGGUUCUGAAAUCCAUAGAGAUCCCAGAUGUGCUGCCAGAUGUUGAUCACCUUAGUGAAAAGUUUUCAUCUUGGCUCACUUAUAAAAAGCUGGCAGUUGAUGGGUGGCCUCAUGAUGGUUCCGAAGUUAAUCUCCCCUCUCCCACGGAAGCAAAACAGUUAUUCAUCUCAUACUUAAUGAUGAACAGUUAUAUUGAUCCAAAGUCAGAACAGAGGGUUUUGAUACUUGAUGAUCAGUUAAAUAAAAUGGCUCAAGCUUUUCUUGAGGACCGGCUAUUUUAUCUGAACGAUGAUGAAGGUUUGACUGAUCUGACUUUAGAUGCCGAAAAUCCUUUUGAAGACACAGAUUCUGAGAUGUCGCUACACAUAAAUGAUGAAUCAGAGGACUUAAUAAAAAACACAGAGGAUGUGUUUGAUCGCCGUGACUUUGUUUCCCAGACCGGCGGGAGAAUCACCUUUGAUGAAAACACACAACACACAUUUGAGCCCCAUAAUUUCGUUUCCUCUGGCAAUGGAAGAAUAACCUUUGAUGAAAAAUCUAAUAAAAAUGAUAAAGCUUCAAAACACGAUCAUGCCAGGGACCUUUUAGUGAAUAGUGACAUUGAUAUUGACACCAGAGGUGUAGAGGUGGAAAACGUGUUUGAAAAUGGCACAUGGUGGACAAAGUCAGAUCAGUUUGAAGAAGACAUUUCUGGAAAUACUUUAGAAAAGGAGGCCGGAGAUUAUGCCAGGGAAGAUCUUGAUAUUCCAGGUUCUCUACAUGUGUCAGUCCCUCACACAUUUUGCUCUGGGGAAAGCAGAAAUAUUAGCUCACCUUCAGUGAUGAUUGACUCUGAGUCCUCAUUUAGAUCUUGCCAUCAGGUGCCACCACACUAUAAGGCUAAGUGCUUUGAAACAACAACAAGUCUUCAUAUUGAACAACCUCAGUUUUUAAGCUCUGAGGACUCGGUGGAGGGUGGAAAUGAGCGGAAGAGUGCUAUUGAGCUUCUGAAAACCCAAAUGGAGGAAGAGGGCAUUUUGGACGUCACCUCUGGGAAAUGUUAUAACCUGCAGGAAGCUCUUAAUAAAGGAUUAGUGGAUGAUAAGAUGGUACUAGAGCUGCAUGACUCGCAGUCAGAUGAAAAAACUCCCAUCCUAAUGGAUGAGACAGACAGAUUUUCUGGAUUAAAACAGGCAUUGUCAAGCAGAUGUCACACAGAGCAGAGCUUUUUGAGGUCUCAUUGCAGCAGGAGCAUUGGUGAUUCACUCCUGCUUGAAUUAGUCAAGGAUUCAGAUUCGCAAGGCAACUUUUACCCAGAGGAAAACCGUGUUUACUCUCUUUCUGAAGAUCAAGAUCUGGGUUUAAUUCAUGCAGCUGAAAUUCACAAAGCUGAAAACACACAGCAGGUGAUUUCAAGGAAUGCUGCUGUCACGGUGCUUGAUUUAGCCAAAGAAGAGGCUAAUAACAAGGAAGGAGAGAGUGAAAAUAGAAAUCCAGAGUUAGCGUGUAAGGCAGUGGGGAGUGUAGAAACAAUGACUAAUAAAGUACAUCUUUCCCUUCCAUCAGAAAGUGGUAACAUGCCUCAGAUGAUCUCACCCUCUGUAUGGAAUCAGGUUACAGCAGAGCGUACCAAUCAUAUAGAAAAAUUGCCUUUAGGGGCUGAAGACAGUGAGUCACACACCUUAAUGGAUAGUGAGCUGACAGGAAAAAUCUCCAGCAUCAAUACUGAUUCCAAAAGCCAGACUCAGUCUGCCGCUUUUGCUUAUCACUCCAGUAAAUCUGACAGCACACCCAGUGAUGAUGAUAUUUUCAGUGAUGGAUAUGAUACCAGUGUAAGAAAUCAGACAUUCAUUCAGAGUGAAACCGGCACGUCGGUUUCAUUUUGCAGUGCUUUGUCUUUGGAAGCUAGAGUGGAAGAUGAAAGUGGGGUUCGGUCAACUUUGGGCAGUGAUCCAGCUCCAAGUGUGGAUUACACAUCGCUCGGGGAUUUGGUUGAGGGUGCAGUCAUCUCGGUUUCCAGGGGUAAUUGUAACUCCGUGAAAAACAGGGCAGAAGAUGUCAGAAUUGCAUUACGUCAGCAAGCAGAAAGUGAUUAUAGUGAUGAAUCUGAGCCCAGCAGCUGUCAGAGAGAUCAGAGCCUGAUUGCAGCUGUUUGUGAAAGACCUCCAGAACAGCAGAGCUCCUCUUCUGAAAUACCUGCUGUUUACAGCAGCAUAACAACAACAAAUACCAUCAAUCACAGCAACUAUGAUAUUGAAGAUACAGUCCUGACUCCUAAAGAUUUCUUAGGGUUUACAGAUGGUGGAGCAGGUGAUUCUGAGAGGCCUUCCCUAGAGAAGCAAAAUGAUGACAUUCUCACUAUUGAUGGUGAACAGAUCUCCAUAGCUUUCUGUCAGCGAGAUCAGAGCCUGAUUGCAGCUGCUUGUGAAAGACCUCCACAACAGCAGAGCUCCUCGUCUGAGUUACCUGCUAUUUACAGCAGCAUAACAGCAACAAAUACCAUCUUGCACAGCAACAAUGACAUUGAAGAUUCAGCCCUGACUCCUAAAGAUUUGUUUGGGUCGGCCCAUGGUGGUGCAGGUGAUGCCGAGAGGCUUUUCCAAGAGAGGGGAAACAAUGACAUUCUCACUAUUGAUGCUGUACCUCUCUGUCAGGGAGAUCAGAGCCUGAGCUCACCUGUUUGUGAAGGACCACAACAGCAGAGCUCCUCUUCUGAGUUACCUGCUGUUUAUUGCAGCAUAACAGCAACAAAUACAAUCGAUCACAGCUACAGUGAUUUAGUCCUGACUCCUAAAGAUUUGUUAGGGUUUACUUGUGGCCUUACAAGUGAUGCUGAGAGGCUUUCCCAAAACAGGCAAAACAAUGACAUUCCCACUGUUAAUGCUGAACAGAUCUCCGUAUCUCUCUGUCAGAGAGAUCGGAGCCUGAGUGCAGCUGUUUGUGAAGGACCACAACAGCAGAGUUCCUCUUCUGAGUUACCUGCUGUUUACAGCAGCAUAACAGCAACAAAUACCAUCAAUCACAGCAACAAUGAUAUUGAAGAUUCAGCCCUGACUCCUAAAGAUUUGUUAGGGUCUUCCCAUGGAGGUGCAGGUGAUCCUGAGAGGCUUUCCCAAGAGAGGGAAAACAAUGACAUUCUCACUACUGAUGCUGUACCUCUCUGUCAGAGAGAUCGGAGCCUGAGUGCAGCUGUUUGUGAAGGACCACAACAGCAGAGUUCCUCUUCUGAGUUACCUGCUGUUUACAGCAGCAUAACAGCAACAAAUACCAUCAAUCACAGCAACAAUGAUAUUGAAGAUUCAGCCCUGACUCCUAAAGAUUUGUUAGGGUCUUCCCAUGGAGGUGCAGGUGAUCCUGAGAGGCUUUCCCAAGAGAGGGAAAACAAUGACAUUCUCACUACUGAUGCUGUACCUCUCUGUCAGAGAGAUCGGAGCCUGAGUGCAGCUGUUUGUGAAGGACCACAACAGCAGAGCUCCUCUUCUGAGUUACCUGCUGUUUACAGCAGCAUAACAGCAACAAAUACCAUCAGUCACACCAACAAUGAGACCGAAGAUUCCGUCCUAACUCCUAAAGAUUUGUUAGGGUCUUCCCAUGGUGAUUCAGAUGAUGCUGAGAGGUUUUCCCAAGAGAGGGAAAACAAUGACAUUUUCACUAUUGAUGCUGAGCAGAUCCCUGUAUCUCUCUGUCAGAGAGAUCGGAACCUGAGUGCAGCUGUCUGUGAAAAACCUCCACAACAGCAGAGCUCCUAUUCUGAGAUAUCUUCUGUUAAUAGAGACAUAACAACAAGUACUAUCAACCAAAGCUACUAUGAUAUUGAAGAUUCAGCCCUGACUCCUAAAGAUUUGUUCGGGUCAACACAUGGAGGGGGAGGUGAUGCUGAGAGGCUUUCCCCAGAGAAGCAAAAUGAUGACAUUUUUAAUAUUGAUGCUGAACAGAUUUCUGCAUCUCUCUGCCAAAGUGGUGCACCUGUUUGUGAAAGACCUCCACAAAAGCUGAGCUCCUCUUCUGAGAUACCUGCUGUUUUAACAGCAACAGAUACUGUUAAUCACAGCAGCAAUGAUGCUGAAGAUUUAGUCAUGACUCCUAAAGACUUGUUAGAGUCAGCGCUUGGUGUUACAGGUGAUGCUGAGAGGCUUUUCCCAGAGAGGCAAAACAAGAGCAUUUUCGCUAUUGAUACUGAACAGAUCUCUGCAUCACGAACGGACACAGACGAUCCUGAUAGUGAUAGAAAUGUCUCCUGUUUAAAUCCAUUGUUUCCCUUAUCAGACAUUAACUUUGGACAGCCUGGAAGUAGAAUAGGAGAAGAGAUGAGGUCUGAUCCUCAAGAAGAGGAUCAAAGUUUAGAAGCGUGUGUUUCUGUGGAUACUCACACAGUUACGGAUUUCCUGUCCGAGAGCAGCAUAAUACCUGUUGUUUCCUCUUCAGGCCCAUCAGUGUUUUCUAAUCCUGGAAAGACAUAUGCAGAUGACCAGGGGGAAGAUAUUACACACAAUGAUAAGAGCAGUGGUUUGGAAAGGGCACAAGCUCAAGAUUCUCAAGAUGCCCUUGCUAUAGAUAAGAAUACUGCACAAUCUUUAGAUAAAAGCAGUUUCCACGAGAGUAGCACAUCUCAAGGACUCACAGAGAGCAGUCACCCAGAUCACCUCAUGAAUUUACUGAAGCAAAAUUCUCUCAGUUUAGACAGCGAGGACACGAGGAAAGCAAAACUGAUAUGCCCGGAAGAAAGAGGAGGUCAAGAGACAGAGCAGUCUGAUGCUCCAAAUAUCCAGCUGCAGCUGCUGCAGGUUUUUAAGACUGUUUCCACAAGCCAAGACCUUUCAGUGCUUAAGGAAGUGAUGGAUACCCUCAGCAGCGCUCUGGGGUGUGAGUCACAGCAGGAACAGUGGCACACACUGGAGAGCAUCAAAGAGGAAAGUUCAGAGGGAGAGGAUGAGGAGUCAGGAGAGGAUGACGGUGCUCCAAAGAGUCACCAACCAUCUGUUGAGGCCUCUGCCAGCUCAGAUGGCUGCAAAGUUGAGCUGUUCUCCAUCCACGAUUAUUUGGAGUGUGUCGGGAGACUGCAGGAUCACUCUGAUGUUUUAGAAGAUGCCAGAAAAGACCUCACAAUCCCAAUACCCACAGACAACAGCAUGGAAGAAUUGCAGAACCAAAUAGAGGAAUGUCAGUCUCUGCAGUCUCAGCUUUCUAGUCUGGCUGAUGUUCUGACAGUAGAUAUGGAGAAAGCCAAACAACUCAUAAACUCUGCUGAUGAAGACGUUCCCCAGCAAAUCCACCACGACUUGGCCUCGAUAUAUCUGGAGUUAGAGCCAAAUUUUACUGCUGUGUCUCAGAUGUGUGCAGAAAGAAGCAACUCUCUGAUUCAAGCGAUGGAAACAGGGAAGGUACAUUUGGAAUCAACAUAUCAGCAGCAUCUCAGUGAUCUCAAUACGCUGGCGGGGCUCAUUCAAACUAACUCUAAGAUGUUGGGUGUGGAUUUGAAUACAUGUGAUGUGGACACUUUGAAACAUCUGAGCCAGCAGAAUAAGGACAUGGAGGACCAUCUGCAAAAAGAAGCCAGGCUCAAGUUAGAGGAUGUCACGUUUGAUAUCCAGUGCUUUAUUUCAGAGCACACUCAGUUCCUGAGUCCGGCUAAGAGUAGCUACCUCCUCAAGUUCCUCAGCACCACUCAGCGAGCAUUCAGAGACCAGAUAGAAAGGCUUGUAACACAGAAGAGUGCCUUAGAUGUCCUGCUUGACGCCAGAGAGAGAGAAAGCAUGGCAGAGUCUUUAUUGGAGAAACAGAAGGAGUUUACAGACAAGUUGGCGGACAUGUGCGAUAAUCUCACGCUGACCGAGAACCGCCUGAUUGGCCAUAAGCAACAGGCUGAAAAUGCUGAGAGUAUUACAGACCUGCAGCAGUACCAGCAGGAGGAUCAGGCUCUCCAAAAAGACGUGUUGACAAACGCCAGUGCCUUAAAUGACGUGAUCAGCAGUACUAAUAAAUUUCUCCAGGAAAACCGAAGCAAGAUGACACCAGAUCAAAUCGCCGCUAUUGAAAGCAAGCUGGAAGAGGCUAAAAGCAAGGCCAAGCUCAUCAACCAGCGAGCCGAGGACUCCAGAAAAGAUUUGGAGAAAGCUGUCACGACAGCCAUACAGCAGGAGAGCGAAAAGGCAGCAGCUGUCGAACAGCUUGAAGAGAGUAAGAGCAAAAUUGAAGGUCUUCUGGACUGGAUUUCCAAUGUAGGAAAUAAAAACAAGAGCAGCCUGGAUCAAACAGACCAUGUAAGUCAAGAAAAUGGAAACCUGCCAGAAGAACCUUCAGCUAAGGGACUGAUAACAGAGGAUGAUGAUGCCAACGGAAACGCUUUGCAGACCACUGACAAGGAUUUUGGCAGAGAGACCAAUGGCGAGAACAAUGAAUCCCCGAAUCUUGAUAAGCAGUACCAAAGGCUCAAGGCCCAUCACCAGGAGAUUCUGUCCCAGCAGCAGGAUCUGAUCAUGGCCACCCAGUCAGCUCAGGCUAUGCUUGACAAGCAAGCCAACGUGCUGUCUCCACAGGAGAAGGAGGCUUUGCAGAAGAACAUCCAAGAGUUAAAGGAGCGCUAUGAGACGUCCCUGACUCAGGCUGAGCAGCAGAUGAAGCAGGUGCAGUGUGUCCAGGAGGAGCUGAAGAAGUUCCAGGAUGACUGCGAGGAGUUUGAAAACUGGUUAAACCAGGCUGAAGAAGAGAUUUUGGAACUGGGAGCGCCUGCAAGCUCCCUUAAUAUCCUCAGUGAUAACCUUCAGCGACAGAAAAGUUUCUCAGAGGAUGUGAUUUCCCACAAAGGGGACCUUCGCUUCAUCACUAUUUCGGGACAGAAAGUGCUGGACGUGGCUAAGGCGUUUGGAUCGGCUGACCCGGCAGCUAAGAAUCCGCUGCUGCAUGUGGAUACUUCAGGAACCUGUUCUGCUGUCAAGGAUAAACUAGACUCAGCAGCCAGUCGAUAUAAAACACUACACUCACAGUGCAAUCUGCUUGGCAACAACCUCAAAGACGUGGUUGACAAGUACAAAAAGUAUGACGACUCAAGCACCGGUCUUUUGAAGUGGCUCAACAGCUCAGAGGAGGAGGCGAGAAAGCAGCAAUCAGAGGCCAUAGCAGCUGACCCUCAAACGCUACAGAAACAGCUGGAGGACACCAAGGUUUUACAAGGUCAGAUGAUGGGGCACCAGACUGCUAUUGAUUCUUUACGUAAAACAGCUGAGUCUUUAAUAACAUCUGAAGGUGACCUGCUGAGCAAUCCAGAUGAGAUCCAGGAGACAGUAGAUGACAUAGUGGAGCGUUACGACAACCUUUCCAAGUCUGUAAGCGAUCGAAAUGAGAAGCUGCAGAUCACCCUGACUCGCUCUAUGAGUGUUCAGGAUGGCUUGGAUGAGAUGAUGGGAUGGAUGGAGGGAGUUGAGGCCAGUGUGGAAGAAAAAGGGCAAAUAACCUUAGACUCUGCAUCUCUUGGAGGCAUCCUGAGCAAAGAAGCAGCUUUAGAGCAGGACAUAGCAAGUCGCCAGAGCAGCAUCUCAGCCAUGAAAGCCAAGGUGAAGAAGUUUGUGGAGACGGCUGAUCCCUCUGCUGCCGCGCUUCUGCAGUCUAAGAUGGACUCUCUCUCCCAGCGCUUCUCUGAUGCGUGUGAUCAGCACAGGCAAAAAAUUGCUACUCUGGAGAAGCUGAAAGAAAAGGUAGAGCAGUUUGAGAGUGUAGCCGAAAAAGUCCAGCAGUUUGUCGUGAAGCGCUCACAGGACCUGCACGAAACAGACGGCCCGGGGAAAACUUUCAAUGAACUGUCUCAGCUAAUGCAGAACACCAAAGCUGAGAUGGCUGAAUAUGCUGGUGAUUUGGAGAAGCUGCAGACUUUGUCCAAGGAGCUGUCUGAAAUAAGCCCCGAUGGAAACAAAGCCCAAAUUCAGAGCAAGCUGGACAAUCUCUCAAAUGUUUUCAGCACCUUUAAAGAUACCAUCAAAGAAAAGGAAGAGGAACUGUCAUCUUGUCAGGACCAGCUGGGAGAGUUCAGAUCUGCAGCUAGCGCUCUCACUAAGUGGCUGGAGGAGGCUAAUGACAAAGUACCUGCAGAUCAGCCAAGCAGCAGUGAGAAAACUCUGGAGAGCAACCUGCAGAUAGUCACCGGAUUACUAGAUGAAUGGACAUCCAAAGGCCCUGCUGUCCAAGACCUGAACACUAAAGGAUCGACGCUGUGCAACUUGAUUACUUUCCUCACAUCACCUGCCAAGACAAAGACUCCCAACAAGUCGGCUCUUACUAAUGGUGAUGGUCCAGCAAGCCAUACCUACCUAACCAACAAAGAGCUGAUGGUUAUUCAGCAGAACAUGUCUUCCAUCAAUGAGGGGUACACGGACCUCGGAGAAACGCUGAAGAAUCGCUCAGCACAGCUGAGUAGUUUGUUGCAGGAGGUGAAAGAGGCCCAGAAGGAGACAGAUGACAUGAUGCUGUGGCUGAAGGACAUGAAAAAGACCGCACAGUCCUGGAACAGUGCAGCCACAGAGAAAGACUCAGUGAAAACACAGCUUGAACAGCAGAAGGCAUUUGAAGAUAACAUGAAGCAAAAACAGGAGGUGCUUCAAAAGCUCAGAGAGAAGCUCCUCGACUUGAUUAAGACUCAUCCAAACUCACCCGAGGCAGCGAAAUGGAAGCAGAUGUUGGCAGAAAUAGAUGCUGCCUGGGCAGACAUCAGUGGCUCUGUUGAGGAGAGGAAGCAGCACCUGGAGCAGUCCAAUAAGAAUCUGGACAUCUUCCAAACAACGGAGCAGCAGCUUGGUCAGUGGCUUUCAGAGAAGGAGCUGAUGAUGAGUGUCCUCGGACCCCUCUCCAUAGACCCGAACAUGCUUAAAAUGCAGAAGCAACAAGUCCAGAUCCUCCAGAAUGAGUUUAAGAGCCGCAAACCUCAAUAUGAACAACUCGAGGAAGCUGCCUCCGCCAUCCUAAGCUCAUCAGGCGAUCAGCACCCUUCAAGUGGGAAGCUGGUGAAGGAGCAGCUUGCUGCAGUCACUCAGAAGUGGGCAGGCCUCACAGGACAGCUGGACCAGCGAGACAGCCUCAUUGAUCAGGCAGUGGUGAAAACCGGGAAGUUUCAGGAGUUACUGAGGAGCCUCAGUAACACUGCCACUCAGCUGGAGAGUCAGCUCACAAAUCAUCAGGGCCUCAGCACGCAACCUGAUGCCGUGAAGAAGCAGUUGGAGGAUGCCCAGAACAUCUCGGCUCAGCUGCGAGAGGAGAAGAAGAAGCUGAAGGAGGCUGAGGCCAUCAAUGAAGAGCUCACGGCGAUGGUGACUGAGGACUACCUCAAAGCAGACCUUGCAAGGCAGCUGGAGAGUGUUUGCAAGCCUUUUAAGCAGUUGGAAGAGAAAGCAGCAAAAAGAAUUGAACAGUUAAACUCCACCUUUGCCAGUUCUCAGCAGUUUCAUCAGACUUCCAAAGAUUUACAGUCAUGGCUGGGUGAGAAGCUCCAGGACCAAUCGAAGCCCAAACCCAUCUCUGCCAAAGUGGAGGUUCUGCAACAAACUGUGGAGGAGCACAGUAAAUUCCAGAAGGCUCUCAGUGAACAUGAAAAAGCUUUUAAUACAAUCACUGGAGAGGGAGAGAUGCUUCUGCACAACAUUGAUGGUGCGGAGAAGUUAGCACUACAAGGUCAGCUCACUACCCUCUCAUCCAACUGGGAAGAAGUGAAGAAGAGCUCCGCAGAGCAGGCUGACAAACUCCAAACUGCUCUGAUGAGAUCACUCAAGUAUCAGGAGCAUGCGGAGAAGCUUAACUCUUGGAUUCAGGAGUGUGAGGCUAGCGAGAGCCGAGUCAAGCUCACCGUUGAUCCUGCUGCUGUGGAGACUUCCAUUUCUCAGUUGAAAGCUCUCCAGAAGGAUGUUGAUAAGCACAGAGGGUUGGUGGAGCAGCUCAACGCAGCUGCAGAUAGCCUUCUUGAGGUGGCCAACACAGACACUGACGCUAUAAAAGAAGAGAAGGCUAGCAUUGGUAAAAGAGUAGACAAUAUAGUGGAAAGUCUGCAGAGCAAAAGGGAAUCUUUAGAGAAGAUCUCGCACACAGUAAAGGAAUUUAAUGAUGCGUGCAAAGAGGCAAAGACUCAGCUUGAGGGAGCUAAGAAGCAAGUGGAUGCCUAUGAAACACAGGGAGUUCAGGCGCACAGCAACAAGAGCCUAACCAACAUGAAAGCCCAACACAAGAGUUUAGAGGCUGUGCAGAAUCAAGUAGAGCACAUGAAGGCCUUGGCCAAGGACCUUGUGGUGGAUGUCCCAGAUGCUGAAGGAGUGACAGACCUCUUACUACAGGCAGACAGCAUAGAAAAAGACUACGGCAACCUUAAUAAGAAACUGGAGGAGACGUGUCAAGCAUUGGAGGGUAAACUGCAGGGUAUCGGACAGUUCCAAAACAACAUCCGCGAGAUGUUUGCACAGUUCACAGAGCUGGACGAUGAGCUUGACAGCAUGUCCCCAGUGGAUCUCAAUUUGGACACUCUUAAAGAACAGCAGGACAGCAUUCAGAGUUUUGUGGCUAAGCUGCGAGAGCUGAUGGCUAACACAGCCAAUGCUGGAGACAGCUGUAAGAAGAUGUUAGAGUCUGAACCCUCACCUGACCUUCUGGGCCUGAAGAGAGAUCUGGAUGCUCUGAGUAAGCAGUGUGGCAAACUGUUAGACAGAGCCAAAGGAAGAGAGGUCCAGGUGCAGAGUACUCUCACAAAGCUAGAGGAGCUGUAUGGUAAACUAAAUCAAAUGGAAGAUAAACUCUGCAGAGCUGUGGACAAGGAGGCAUCCCAGGAGCCAGUCGGCAUGGAGACAGAAGUGCUCAACCAGCAGCUGGAGGCUUUCAAGGCUUUUCAGAAAGAGGACAUUGAUCCACUGCAGAACCAGCUUCAAGACAUCAAUUCCCUCGGGCAGGGUCUGAUCCAGAAUGCUGCUAAAGGCACCAGCACUAAGAAACUCGAGGACGACCUGGAAGGUGUCAACUCUAAGUGGAAUACCCUCAACAAAAAGAUUGCUGAGCGUUCAGCCCAGCUGCACGAAGCCCUCUUGCACUGUGGCCAGUUCCAGGAUGCUCUGGAGUCCCUACUCAGCUGGUUGACUGACACGGAGGAGCUUGUGGCCAAUCAAAAACCUCCGUCUGCUGAGUUCAAAGUGGUGAAGGCACAGAUACAAGAGCAGAAGCUCUUACAGAGACUGCUGGACGACCGAAAGCCGACAGUGGAGCUGAUAAAAAAGGAGGGAGGGAAGGUUGCUGAACUGGCAGAGUCUGUGGAUAAGGAGAAAGUGGCAAAAGAGAUUGAAUGCCUGGGACAGAGGUGGGACACGCUUCUCAAGAAGGCUGAAAACAGGCACAAACAACUAGAGAGCAUCUUAGUGGUGACUCAGCAGUUCCAUGAGACUCUGGAGCCCCUGAGCGAGUGGCUGUCAGCCACAGAGAAACACCUCGCCAACUCUGAGCCAAUAGGCACUGAGACUUCUAAGCUGGAAGAUCAGAUAUCUCAGCACAAGGCAUUAGAGGAGGAGAUUAUGAAUCACAGUAAAGACCUGUUUCAGGCUGUCAAUCUUGGCCAAAUGCUCAAAACUGUGAGCUCAGUGGACGAUAAGGAGUUUGUUCAGUCUAAACUGGACACCACUCAGGCCAGUUACAUAGAGCUCCAGGAGCGAUGCAGGAGGAAAGCUGAGAUGCUUCAGCAAGCUCUGGCAAAUGCCCAGCUGUUUGGAGAGGAUGAAGUGGCUCUCAUGAACUGGCUCAACGAGGUACACACGAGGCUGACUGAAGUGUCGGUGGAAGACUACAGACUAGAGGUUCUUGAAAAGCAGCUGGCAGACCAACGGGCACUGCAAAGUGAUAUUGGCUUAAGGAAGAAGAAUGUUGACCAAGCCAUCUCCAAUGGGGUGGAGCUACUGAAGCAAACAACAGGUGAUGAGGUGAUUGUUAUCCAAGGCAAACUGGAUGGAAUAAAAACAAAAUAUGCUGAGAUAAACUCUAUGAGUGACAGUGUUUUAAAGACACUGGAGCAGGUUUUGAGUCUGUCUUCUAAGCUGCAGCAUACUCACACGGAUCUGAGCUCAUGGCUAGAGAAAGCAGAGGCUGAGAUUAAAAGCUUUGCCCAUCAGGAGCCAGUCGGCGAACAGCUGAUUCAUUCACAAAGCAGGCAAAAGGCCAUGUUGAAAGAGAUCAAAGACCAAAAACCAGUGUUGGACCAGCUGAAUGAGUUGAGCAGUUCACUCUUGGAUUUGGUCCCCUGGCACACUCGUGAGAGUUUGGACAAACUUGUGUCUGAGGAUAAUGAGAGGUACAGAGCUGCCUAUGACACUUUGACCCAGAAGGUCGACCAGAUCAAUGCUGACAUACUCAAGUCACAACAGUUUGAACAGGCCGCAGACAAUGAACUCUCCUGGCUGACUGACGCUGAGAGGAAACUGCUAUCGAUGGGUGAGAUCAGGCUGGAGCAGGACCAAACCACAGCUCAGCUCCAAGCACAGAAGAUUUUCUCCAUGGACAUCAUGAGACACAAAGAUGCUGUAGAUGAGAUUGUGAAAACAGGAAAGGCCAUCAUGACCAGCAAAAACCCAGAGGAGAAGGAAAUCUUAAAGGCCAAGACACAGACUCUCCUCGAGAAGUAUGGUGUCGUCAGCCAGCUGAAUUCUGAGCGCUGUCUGCAGCUUGAGCGAGCCCAGUCUCUUGCCACUCAGUUCUGGGAGACCUAUGAGGAGCUGGGGCCAUGGCUUCAGGAAACUUUAAGCACCUUCAGCCAGUUACCCCCGCCUGCCAUCGAGUACGACACGCUCAGGCAGCAACAAGAGGACCUCAGGCAAAUGCGGGAACUGAUUGCAGAGCACAAGCCCCAUAUUGACAAGAUGAAUAAAACUGGUCCUCAGUUACUUGAGCUCAGCCCAGUGGAGGGUGAGCCCAUCAGAGAGAAAUACACAGCCACUGACCAACUUUACACCAAACUGAAAGCUGACGUCAAGCAGAGAGCUGCCACUUUGGAUGAAGCCAUCUCCAAAUCCACUCAGUUCCAUGAUAAAAUUGAUCCCAUGCUUGAAUCCCUGGAACGGAUCGCUGAACGCCUCCACCAGCCUCCAUCCAUCUCAGUGGAGGUGGACAAGAUCAAGGAGCAGAUUACUGAAAAUAAGACGGUCUCUGUGGAUUUGGAGAAGCUGCAGCCGUCUUAUGAGACACUGAAGCAACGAGGUGAAGAGAUGAUCGCACGAUCCGAAGGGACAGACAAGGACCUGUCUGCCAAAGCUGUGCAAGACAAACUGGACCGCAUGGUUUUCCUGUGGAACGACAUCCAGGCAUUGGUGGAAGAGCGGGAGGCGAAGCUGCUGGAUGUGAUGGACCUCGCAGACAAGUUCUGGUGUGACCACACCGCCCUCAUCGUCACCAUUAAAGACAGCCACGACCUGCUGAGGGAGCUGGAGGAGCCCGGAGUCGAUCCUUCAGUCGUCAAACAGCAGCAGGAAUUUGUGGAGGGAUUUAAGGAGGAGAUUGAUGGGCUGCAGGAGGAACUCGAUGGGGUUCAAAACCAGGGUGCAGAGCUCAUGACUGCCUGCGGGGAACCUGAUAAACCUGUGAUAAAGAAAAGCUUGGAUGAAGUGAAUACAGCGUGGGAGAAUCUCAAUAAGACGUGGAAGGAAAGAGGAGAGAGACUGGAAGAAGCCAUGCAAGCUGCCGUGCAGUUUCAAGAUGGCCUGCAGGGUAUGUUUGACUGGGUGGAUAUUCUGGAGAGCAAGCUGGAUUCAAUGUCACCUGUGGGCACGGAUCUGGAAACCGUCAAGCAGCAGAUUGUGGAACUCAAGGAGUUCAAAGGAGAAGCGUACCAGCUACAGAUUGAGAUGGAGCGUCUGAACCACCAGGCCGGCCUCCUGCUGAAGAAGGUGACAGAGGAGGCUGACCGCUCCGCCAUCCAGGAGCCGAUGUCUGAACUCAAAAUGCUUUGGGACAACCUGGAUGAGAAGAUCAUCAGUCGGCAGCACAAACUGGAGGGAGGCCUUCUCGCACUGGGGCAGUUCCAGCAUGCACUGGAUGAGCUGCUGGCCUGGAUGAGCCACACCGAGGAGCUGCUCAAUGAACAGAAAAAUGCUGGAGGAGACCCCAAAGCCAUCGAGAUAGAGCUCGCCAAGCACAACGUCCUCCAGAUAGAUGUGUUGGCUCACAAGUCAACAGUCGAGACAGUGAACAAAGCCGGCAAUGAUCUGGUGCAGUCCAGCGCUGGAGAGGAAGCUUCUAGUCUGCAGAGCAAACUGGAGAAUCUGAACCAGCGAUGGAAAGCCAUCCUGGAAAAGACGGAGCAGAGGAAGCAACAGCUGGAAAGCUCUCUGCUUCAGGCUCAGGGUUUCCAUGGUGAGAUAGAAGACAUGCAGCAGUGGCUGAAAGACACAGAACGUCAGCUGUUGGCAUCAAAGGCUGUGGGAGGCUUACCAGACACGGCCCGGGAGCAGCUUAACGCCCAUCUGGAGUUGUGUUCUGCCUUUGAGGCUAAAGAGGAGCUGUAUCGGGAGCUCCAGAACAAGGGUCACCAACUGCUAACGAUGAUGCCCGAGAGUCCAGACAGUAACACGGAGCAGGACCUCGCCAACCUGAAGGAAAAAUGGGAAGCGGUGCAAGCGAAGGUCGCUGAAAGAAAGGUGAAACUAGAAGAAGCUUUGACUGUGGCCACAGAUUUCCACAACUCCCUGCAAGAUUUCAUCAACUGGCUAACCCAAGCAGAGCAGACGCUGAACACGGUUUCCCCCGCUUCCCUCAUACUGGAGACCAUCAUGUUUCAGAUAGAUGAGCAUAAGAUGUUUGUGACAGAGGUAAACUCCCACAGAGAACACAUUAUUGAACUGGACAAGACGGGCACACAUCUGAAGUACUUCAGCCAGAAACAGGAUGUGGUCCUGAUAAAGAACCUGCUGCUCAGCGUGCAGGGGCGCUGGGAGAAGCUGGUGCAGAGGUCUGUUGAGCGGGGUCGUCUACUGGACGACGCCAGGAAGAGGGCGAAGCAGUUCCAUGAAAAUUUCAAUAAACUGAUGGAGUGGUUAGAUGAAUCUGAGAAGACUCUGGACUCUGAAGUGGAAAUUGCCAAUGAUCCCGAUAAAAUCAAGACGCAGCUGGCACAGCACAAGGAGUUCCAAAAAGCUCUUGGCAGCAAACACUCUGUGUAUGAUACUACCACUCGAACAGGACGGGCCCUGAAAGACAAGACCUCUCUACAGGAUGAUAGACAGAAGCUGGACGACAUGCUGAGUGAACUGAGGGACAAAUGGGACACUGUUUGUGGGAAGUCAGUGGAAAGACAAAACAAGCUGGAAGAGGCCUUGUUGUUCUCCGGCCAGUUUACAGAUGCUCUCCAGGCUCUUAUUGACUGGUUGUACAGAGUGGAACCUCAGCUGGCUGAGGACCAGCCCGUACACGGAGACAUAGACCUGGUUCUCAACCUGAUAGACAACCACAAGGUUUUUCAGAAGGAGUUGGGAAAGCGGACAGUAAGCGUCCAGGCCCUCAAACGUUCAGCAAGGGAGCUGAUUGAGAACACUCACGAUGACUCCUCCUGGGUCAAAGUCCAGAUGCAGGAGCUGAGCACGCGCUGGGAGACGGUGUGCAACCUGUCGGUGUCUAAGCAGGCCCGGCUGGAGCAGGCUUUGGGCCAGGCUGAAGAGUUUCACUCUGCUGUUCACAUCCUGCUGGAGUGGCUAGCUGAGGCAGAGCAAAGUUUGCGCUUCCACGGCAGCUUGCCCGACGAUGAAGAAGCUCUGCGUGCGCUUAUCGAACAACACAAGGUGUUCAUGAAAAAACUGGAAGAAAAGCGAGUGGCUCUAAAUAAAGCGGCCAGCAUGGGGGAGGCCAUUCUCAGCAUCUGCCAUCCAGACUCUAUCACAACCAUCAAGCACUGGAACACCAUCAUUAAAGCCCGCUUUGAAGAGGUGCAGGCUUGGGCCAGACAGCACCAGCAGCGACUGGCCACAGCCCUCACUGAGCUGCUAGCUACUCAGGAGCUGCUGGAGAAUCUUCUGACGUGGCUACAGUGGGCUGAGACCAACCUCAACGACAAGGAUAAGGAGCAACUCCCUCAGGAGAUCGAGGAGGUCAAAAACCUCAUAGCAGAACACCAGGCAUUCAUGGAGGAAAUGACCAGGAAGCAACCAGAUGUUGACAAAAUCACCAAGACACACAAAAGGAAGGCUGCUGCGGAGCCCCAGAUCCAGUCUCAGAUCCCCGUGUUGGACAAAGGAAGAGCUGGAAGAAAACGUUCUCCCACGCAAGCGAUGUAUGCAUCAUCAACACAAGCUCCCAUUGAAACAAAGAACCCACGGGUUAACCUGCUGGUGACCAAGUGGCAGCACGUGUGGCUGCUGGCUUUGGACAGAAGGAGGAAACUCAAUGAUGCUUUGGACAGAUUGGAGGAGCUAAAAGAAUUUGCCAACUUUGACUUUGAUGUGUGGCGGAAACGUUACAUGCGCUGGAUGAACCAUAAAAAGUCUCGCGUCAUGGACUUCUUCCGCCGCAUUGACAAAGACCAAGAUGGCAAAGUGACGCGACAGGAGUUCAUAGAAGGCAUUCUCUCCUCCAAAUUCCCAACAAGUCGUCUGGAGAUGAGCGCUGUGGCAGACAUCUUUGACAGAGACGGUGACGGCUACAUUGACUACUACGAGUUUGUAGCAGCUCUACAUCCCAACAAAGACGCUUACAAACCACUAACAGAUGCUGACAAAAUUGAGGACGAGGUCACGCGCCAAGUGGCGAAGUGCAAAUGUCCAAAACGAUUCCAGGUGGAGCAAAUUGGUGCCAAUAAAUACCGGUUCUACCUUGGAAAUCAGUUUGGUCUGGUUCACUGCUUACAUGACUCCUUAAUCGGCGAUGAGACAAUAGCAAACAGGGAAAAUCAAAAUCUUACCCCCCACCUACACGUUGCAGUUUUGGAAAGCUGUAUUCUGUUUGGAGACUCUCAGCAGCUUCGCCUUGUGAGAAUUUUGCGCAGCACUGUGAUGGUGCGGGUGGGAGGAGGCUGGAUGGCGCUGGAUGAGUUUCUGGUGAAGAAUGACCCCUGUCGAGUGCAUCACCACGGGAGCAAAAUGUUGCGCUCGGAAUCAAACUCUUCAAUUACUCAGUCUCCUAUAGCUAAAGGCAGGACCAAUGUGGAGCUGCGAGAGAAGUUCAUCCUCCCAGAGGGAACCACUCAAGUGAUGGCAAGCUUCCGCUACAGAGGCCGGAGGUCUCGGCCGUCAUCUCGAGGAGCUUCUCCCAACAGAUCCACCUCCAGUCAGAGCCUCCCCGUCCCCACCAACCCAGCAGCGACCAGCACACCCAAGAAUCCCCAACACAUAACCCGCAAUUAUGAUAAGCCAUGGCUUACAAACAGCAAACCCUCCACUCCUCUUAAAUCAUCAGACUCCUUUGGGAGCCAAGGUUCAUCCUCAGAGAGUAAUCCGGUUCAAGGCAGCAAAUUGCGUUUGCCUGGGUACCUGUCCGGCAAAGGAUUUCAGUCAGGUGAAGAGGGAAGCUUGAUCAGCGCUGCUGUACUAAAAGCUCGAAAUCAGACAAUAGGUGAAUCGAGAAAAAAUUCCAGCCGACCAGGAAGUAAAGCCGGAAGCAGAGGAAGCAGUCGCAGAGGAAGUGACGCCUCCGACUUUGACAUCUCAGACAUCCAGUCCGUGUGCUCAGAUGUUUCCGAGACGGUCGGCGACUCUGCCAGAGCGACGCCUCGCUCCGCAUCCCGUCAACACGGAGGGAAACCCUCUAAGAUCCCCACACCUCAAAGAAGAAUGACCCCUACAAGCAAACUGGCCAAGGGAUUGAAGCGAUAGACAGUGGCCUUGAAAACAAACAAACAAACAAACAACCCAGGAGCUAUUUGCACCCUAAACACAUAAUGGACACUGGAGAUGUGUAACUUAAAGAAAAAAAAAAGAAAAAAGACUGCAAAUGUGUCACGUGUUAUUUAAAUUCUUGCAAAGAUGUAAAAUAUUCUGUUAAGAGGCAAUAUGGUUUAAUAUUUUGUGAGAAUGGAAAGUCAAUGGCCUUGUGUAUUUGUUUUUAAUGUAUUUUAUUUUUUGUGAAAAUAUGUCAAAUUGUUUUUAUUGUACUUUAUUUUUAUUUAUGCAAAUCCUGUAGAGGAUUGAUGAACACUAGAAAAUCUGGGAAUGAUCAAGCCGAACUAACAUUUCUACACUAAUGAAGGGCAAAGAUGCAGGAUAGUGCUCUAAGAGUUACUGAAUGUACUAUUAUUUAUGUAUGCUUUUGUUUGGAGUAGAUGGUGCAUUAUGGUACCGUUCGACACACUGCGAUUAUCUAUUUAAGUGCUAUGUUAUACUGCCAACAUGCAUUUAAAGGGCAAUGCAAUAUAUUACAAUAAACCCCACUAAGCACUGCAGAAGCCUUCGAAAACCCCUAUUUAAGACAAGUAGCAGAAACCUCGUAACCACGACGCUUUUAUGUCCCCGUUUGUCAGCAGCUGCAGCCCGUCUUUUGUUUAAACACCUCACAGCAAAUGAGUACUCUGACCUCGAAGAGGUAACACUUCAUGUAGACAUUCUCUGUGCAUCCAUGUCAAUGUAUGGUUAAUUUCGGUAGAGCUGAAAUUGUUACUGUAACAUUACUUUGUAAUAAACCUGCUUGCAGAAAGCCACCAGAGACUGGUGUGCACCACAGAA